AUGACUGUGCAUAUCACGUCAGGAGAAGCGUACCUGGUGUACAGCAAGAGGAUCUACUCCAACUCCGACUUCAACCAGUACGUAGCGGCGCUCUACAAGGUCGUGGGCACCUUCCUGUUUGGAGCGGCGGUCAGCCAGUCGCUCACCGACCUGGCCAAGUACACCAUCGGCCGCCCGAGGCCCAACUUCAUGGCGGUGUGCGCGCCCAGGGUGUGCACGGGCUACGUGCACGCCAUCAACUGCACGGGAAAGCCGCAGGACGUCACCGAGUCGAGGCUGUCCUUCUACUCGGGUCACUCCUCUUUUGGCAUGUACUGCAUGCUCUUCCUGGCGCUCUACGUGCAGGCCCGGCUGGUGGCCAAGUGGGCUCGCCUCCUCCGACCCACCAUCCAGUUCUUCUUGGUGGCCUUCGCCGUCUACGUGGGCUACACGCGGGUCUCUGACUACAAGCACCACUGGAGCGACGUGCUGAUGGGGCUGCUGCAGGGGGCGCUGGUCGCCGCGCUCAACGUGCGCUUCGUGUCUGACUUCUUCAAGAAGCGACCUCCACGACCUCCACGCCGCGUCAAGCAGGAGCGUGCUGAGAGGGAGGAGCCAGAGAGGAAACCCAGCCUUCAGUUUGUGGACUCUGAGCACACCAACCAUUACAACUGUCACCCCGUCUGAUGAUGGUGACCAUUACAACUGUCACCAUGGCAACCAUUACAACUGUCACCAUGGCAACCAUUACAACUGUCCCCCCGUCUGAUGAUGGUGACCAUUACAACUAUCACCAUGGCAACCAUUACAACUAUCACCAUGGCAACCAUUACAACUGUCACCCCGUCUGAUGAUGGUGACCAUUACAACUAUCACCAUGGCAACCAUUACAACUGUCACCCCGUCUGAUGAUGGCGACCAUUACAACUGUCACCAUGGCAACCAUUACAACUGUCACCCCGUCUGAUGAUGGUGACCAUUACAACUAUCACCAUGGCAACCAUUACAACUGUCACCAUGGCAACCAUUACAACUGUCACCCCGUCUGAUGAUGGCGACCAUUACAACUGUCACCAUGGCAACCAUUACAACUGUCACCCCGUCUGAUGAUGGUGACCAUUACAACUGUCACCAUGGCAACCAUUACAACUGUCACCAUGGCAACCAUUACAACUGUCACCCCGUCUGAUGGUGGUGCCCAUUACAACUGUCACCAUGGCAACCAUUACAACUGUCACCAUGGCAACCAUUACAACUGUCACCAUGGCAACCAUUACAACUGUCACCCCGUCUGAUGAUGGUGCCCAUUACAACUGUCACCAUGGCAACCAUUACAACUGUCACCAUGGCAACCAUUACAACUGUCACCCUGUGUGAUGGUGAUGCCCAUUACAACUGUCACCAUGGCAACCAUUACAACUGUCACCCCGUGUGAUGGUGACAAUUACAACUGUCACCAUGGCAACCAUUACAACUGUCACCCUGUGUGAUGGUGCCCAUUACAACUGUCACCAUGGCAACCAUUACAACUGUCACCCUGUGUGAUGGUGCCCAUUACAACUGUCACCAUGGCAACCAUUACAACUGUCACCCUGUGUGAUGGUGCCCAUUACAACUGUCACCAUGGCAACCAUUACAACUGUCACCCUGUGUGAUGGUGCCCAUUACAACUGUCACCAUGGCAACCAUUACAACUGUCAUUCUGUGGGAUGAUGCCCGUUACAACUGUCACCAUGGCAACCAUUACAACUGUCACCCUGUGUGAUGGUGCCCAUUACAACUGUCACCAUGGCAACCAUUACAACUGUCACCAUGGCAACCAUUACAACUGUCACCCUGUGUGAUGGUGCCACACCUCCCUGACCUACACCCACCCCUCACCCCUCGACCCGCGUCACACCAUGUUGAAUGUGUUCUUUGGCUUGUGGCCUCCUUCCUCCAUCUUCCCCACUACCACUACACCCACACUCCUCCUCCUCCUCCUCGCCCUGGAGGGAAGGCAGGAAACAAAGAUGGCCGACGUGGAGGCGACAAGAUGGCGGUCAAGACGCUGUGGCGGUACGUCGCAAAAGUCUCUCUUCACUUUCAUUUAUACUGAAUUUAUUUUUUUUUCCUUUGGCUGGAAGGACAACUUUUCAGCUCAGCUCGGACACUUCAUUAGGUACACCUGCGCACGCUAACGGGAUCAAUACAAGCGACAAUUCUGCUUUUACAAACCAAUGACGAAAAUCAUCUAUUUACGAUUGAAUCCUGGUUUAUUUGUAACCAUUCAACAAAGGCAAUAAUUAAUAAGAAUAAUUUAAAAAUGUAGUUAACAGCCUAACUAUAUAUAGCAAACCAACAUAAGAAAAGGGAGAUGGAUUAACUUUGUGUGUGAAAGUACGCAAGCUAGCGAGUGGAACUCAAAUGCUAACAUUAGCAUGCUAAUAUUAGCAUGCUAACAUUAGCAUGCCGACGGAGAAUGCAACAAGUACCAAGAGGCGUACGCAUGCAAAAUUAGCUAAAAAGAUGGCAUGCUAAUGUUGGCGUAAUGUUACAUUAGCAUGUCUCAAGUACCAAGUUAGCAAGUCAGCAAAAAAAAAAAGUUAGCAUGUUAAUGUUAGCAUGUUAACCGUUAGCAUACAUCAUGUGCGCGCGAGUGGAACUCAAAUGCUUAUGUUAGCAUGCUAACAUUAACAUGCCAACUGAGAAUGCGACAAGUACCAGGAGGCGUACGCAUGCAAAAUGAGCUUAAAAAAAAAGAUAGCAUGCUAAUGUUGGCGUAAUGUUACAUUAGCGUGUGUCAAGUACCAAGUUAUGACUCUGAGGUUUACGGCAGCAACAAAAAAAAAAGUUUGCAUGCUAAUGUUAGCAUGUUAACAGUUAGCAUACGUCAUGUGUGCAGGAGUUGCUGAUAUGCGCGUUAGCAUGCUAACAUUAGCAUGCCAACAGAGAAUGCGACAAGUACCAGGAGGCGUACGCAUGAAAAAUGAGCUAAAAGAGAUAGCAUGUAAAUGUUGGCAUAAUGUUACGUUAGCAUGUGUCAAGUGCCAAGUUAUGACUCUGAGGUUUACGACAGCCAAAAAAGUUUGCAUGCUAACGUUAGGGCUUGCUAAUCUGCACGAGUGGAAGUGAAAUGCUAACUUUAGCAUGCCGACGAAGAAUGCGACAAUCAUUAAGUUAUAUGACUCUGAGGCACACGCAUGCAACAUUUGCUUAAAAAGCUAGUAUGCUAACAGUUAGCAUGAGUCAAGUGGCGAGUUAUAUGGAGAAAAAAAAUGACAUGUAUUUAUUUUUCUGUCCAAAAGAGAAAGAGAUGAUACAUUAUUAUCUGCUACCUGGUGGUUGUUAUAAUUGAUUAUUAUACAAUUAUAAUUGUUAUAAUAAGUUUUAAAAAUCGAUUAAAAAAGUAUUUUUAAUACAUUUUGACAUUAAAAUAAAACUUGUUUUUCUUUUAACAUUUUUAGAGCAUCUCCAUAUAACCAGAAGAAGCUGUUUUGAAAAAGUCCCAUUAUAAUUAUUAAUUAUUAUACCAAAUAAUACGUUUUGAUUGGAAAAUGGAUUGCCUAACCCUAACCCUAGCGGCCGCAGGGGCGUUGUUUUCCUGUAUUGUCUCCCCUGAGCGUGAGCAAGUGUACCUGUACGUCCACAAUGUGUUGUAUUUCAUACAGAGUUGUGAGUUGGAGGUAAGAAUGUGCGUACCACUACCACCACCUUGCCAGGUCCACUUGGAGAAUCCUGGGGAAAUUCUCUUUUUUUGUUCUAAACCGAGAGAGAUGAAUUUAAUUUAUUGUAAACGCGUUUUUAUUGUGCAAUCACCCUGCUUGCCACUUUGAGCCGCACGGCCGCUCCACGUGAGAAUGCUGCGAAGGAUGAGUGUGUUUAUAGAAAUAUAUUCUUGGUGAUAUUUGUGUUUUUCCGACGGCGCGAGGAGAUGAUGUUCCACGUCGCACGUGGACGCCAGAUGUCCUCCGCCAUGCUGGCGAGGUUGUUGCUAGGCGACAGGACGACGGGUCCGACACAGACCGGAGCUGGUGUGGUUUUUGAGGCGAGGCCCAAAGUCACAACAAUGUCUUUGUUUGCAAUAGGAGUAUAAACAUUAGGCGAGCACUGAAAGCAACAAGCAGGUGUGGAGCGCGACAUUUAGCAAGAGUUGAUGUACGUGUACAGUAUGUACAGUAUGUUAUGUUUUAUUGCAGUUACUGUAACAUUCUUCUGCUUUCAUUUUAAAAUUGUUGUUUUUUAAUAAAUAUGUCAUCUGCAUUCA